UUAAAGUCUCUCAUUUUCAUUCAUGUAUUUGGAGGUUUCACAAAAGCUGUCCCAGUUUGCAUUAUUGGUAGUUCAUGUGAUCAGUGCAACAUAACAAUUGUUGGCCAAAAAUGCCACAAAAAUCAACAAUAUGAACAUUUGUACUGCAAUGCAACCAACAAUAAAAUCAGUGCUUAUGCAAAUUCAUAUUUGAUCUGUGAUGUACGAACAGAAGAAUUCAUGGUCAAGUUUUGUGCGCUUCACGAAAAUUUCGUUAAUGGGAGUUGUAAAAUUAUGCAUCGACGCACUAAACGAGAUGUCACGUUCAAUGCUGGGUCAGGACAUGCUGGCGAUCGUUGCUCAUUUGAUCGAGAUUGCUUCAAUGGUAUGUUUUGUGCGAAUAAAAUUUGCACGUGCUUGGACAAUUAUGUCGCUAUUCAUGGAUUCUGCUAUCUAAAGAAAAAUAUCGGUGAAAGCGGUUGUCAGUACUCGGAGCAGUGUAGUGCUGUUUGGCCUGAAGCACGGUGUGAAAAUAAUAUAUGUGAGUGUCCACGUGAUAUUAACGGGAUCCCAUACGUACAAGCACGCACACGGGACGGUUUAGUGUGUAUAUUAAAAUCGGGUGAGAAAGGAGAUCCAGUACCCAAAUGUCCUCUACCGGAGUAUGAUGAAGAUUUGUUGGCUAUGCCUGUAUCUCAACUGCGAAACCCGGCUGUGAUGGACACGAAUGACUCAGAUAUUAUACCUGGCCAACAUAUCAAUUCAUUGCAAUUUUGUUCCACCACUUCAACAGAUUACCAUACUUUCGUGGCAAAUGGCGGUGGUGCGUGCACGUACGCUAGAGAGCCGUUUACAGCUGAAAAUGGAAUUAAUGUAGCAGAUAUCUAUGAUUGCAUAGGAGUUCCCUUAAAUGACAUGAAAUCAUCCUUGAAAGGGAUGUACAACAUUCAUUUUAAAGCAGAUGGGAUAUGUUGCCCCAAUCGAGCUUUCACUUGCAUACAACCAAAACGUGAAGUAGAUUCGAGUAAACCGACAUCAGAUGAUGCACGACCUCGUUGGUGGUUCAAUUCGAUUACGGAAACGUGCGAAGAAUUUUUGUGGGAUCCAUGGGACGAAAGUGAAGUACAGUCACCAAAUAAUUUUAAGACGCGUGAACAUUGCGAGUCAUAUUGCAAAAAUACUUGCAAACGUGGCUCUCCACAAUAUUCUACUGAAGAUAUAGCUAAAAACGAUGGUGACUUGAUCACAGAUUGCCGAACAGUCAAUCAGUGUUCAGAUGAUUUUGACUGUAUUUCAUUGGGGUCAGCGCAACUUUGCUGUCCGACCACUGCAAGCAUCUGUAGUAUUGCUGGUGGACGACCAUUUGACCCUUUUCGUCAUACCAACUUUGAUCCUGGCUACAGUAUUAAAAGCAAGUCCGAUUUGAACUUUGAACCUUCAAUUCGUUAUUACUACGAUUCCGAACAGAAGCAAUGCAUGCCUUUUACUUAUAAAGGCAUUUUGGGGAAUUUCAACAAUUUUAAAUCGUCAUCUGACUGUGAAUCAUUCUGCGCUAAACUUCAGUGCCCAGUAGGUACAGCUCUAAAACUUGCAGAGACUGAUCAGCGGUGCACUGAUGAUAGUGACUGCCCGAAGAGUCAUGCCUGUUAUGUUAAUAAGCAUGUUUGCUGUCCAAGCCCACAAACAAUGUGCUCUCAGCCAUUGCUACUUGGUGACUGUAAACAGCACAUUCAACGAUACUGGUAUAAUGCGAAGACAGGAAGGUGCGAACUGUUUAAAUAUUCAGGGUGUCAUGGUAAUGAUAAUAACUUUGAAACGCUGGUGGAAUGUCAGAAGACGUGUAGAAAUGUUACACCCGCACCACGGUGUCCACAAGGAGAUGCUGCUCGAGAUGUUCGGGGCUAUUACCAUAUUUGCUCUUCCUUUGAUGCAAUAAAUAAUUGUCCAGACCACUAUGAAUGCUACUUUGACGGUGACAUAUGGGGUUGUUGUCCAAAUAAACAAUACACCUGUUCACUCUCGUCUGAUAAAGGUGUCACAUGUGAUGUUGCACCAGCCUACCGCUUUUUUUACAAUACUCAAACUCAUGAUUGCGAAGCUUUCCAAUACAACGGUUGUGAUGGAAAUUCCAAUAACUUUGCUUCUCGUCAAGACUGUGAGAGGUAUUGUGGUGUUGCUCAUUGUCCAUUUGGUGGUACUCCAAGAAAAGAUGAUACAGAUCAACUAGUGAAUUGCUCAUCUGUGGUGCCCUGUCCGAAUAGCUAUGAAUGCACUUCAAUCAUUCUAGAAAAUAAUGUUGUGAACCGAUGCUGUCCCACAAGAGCUCUAAUUUGUUCAUUGCCUCCUCAGCAAGGUGAUGUUUGCGCUGGCAAAUUACCUGUCUCGCAUUACUAUUUUGAUGCCGUUCUCAAGAACUGUGUUAAAUUCACUUUCAAUGGUUGCAACGGUAAUCUAAAUAAUUUUGCCACUUUGGAACAAUGCGUUAACAUUUGCAUAUUAUCCGCUUGUUCUUCUGGUCAUGUUGUUCACGUGAAUUCAACUUCACAUAUGCCAGCAGAAUGCAAAAUCGGACUCAGCAGUACCUGUCCUGAUGGUUUCGAAUGCAUUUCUGAUCCAUUUUCUGAUAGAAGCAUAUGUUGUGGAGCAAAAGAUACGGGAACAAAAUACCUACAUGCAGUGGACUUUAAUUUUCCUAAAUGUCCGUCAUUCAAAAAUAACUUGCAUGACAUUUCUAUUAUGAACUUUAACCUUGUGAUAAAAUACCUGUAUGCAUCUGCUAUAGAAGUGUGUCCAAAAAGUGCAGUAGUUUACAAGGAACCAUCGACUGGGUCAGCAGUUCGUUGCGCGAUAAGUAAUGGGAACGAGCAAUGUCCUUUAGGAUUUCACUGCAAAUCACAAGUUCGAGGAGCUUUGCAAGGCUACUGUUGUUCUUCAAAUAACAUUUGUCCAAAUAAUUCAGAAGUUUACAUCGAAAAAAGUAGUCACUUGCCUCGUACCUGCACGAUCGCAUCAUCUUACUCAUGUCCAGCUGGUUAUGUGUGUGAGAAUUCUGGAACUGGGUCUUCAAGUGGAUACUGCUGCAAAAAUGAGAACAAAACAGUCUUUGAUGGCUGUCCACCAAAUCAACACGUUUUUUCAACGCAAGAUAAUUAUAUAAUGUACUGUGAUAAAUUCGACCCAUUGAACUCAACUUGUCCAUUAGGAUAUUCUUGUCAGUGGUCUGUGUAUAAACAACGCUAUCAGUGCUGCGGCACAAAAUUGAUGUCAGCAUCAAAAUUAUCGUCGUUCGGUUGUCCCGGAAAUCAAGUGGCAUAUCGAAAUCCAAUUACAGAUAGUUUACAAGUUUGCACGGUAUCAGCUGACGAUUGUCCAAUCGGAUUUUCUUGCCAGUUUUCUGCAACAAAUGGGCAGUUUCAAUGCUGUGGCAUUGGCGCUGAUUGCCCACGUGAUCAAGUUGCAUUCGUUGAAAGAAAUGGUACAGGCAAGAGUUGCAUACCUGAUCGUAUGACUUGUCCCAAUGGAUACAAAUGUGAGAAAACAUCUAGCGGCUCAUAUUUGUGUUGUACAAAUGGAUCAAGCAUAGGUACACAAAUAUUAACAAAAAUUUCAAGAGUUUGCUGCAGUAUCUAUAGUAUUUUGUAUAUUAUUGUUACAGUAUGCAAAGCAAAUCAAGUCCUUAUCGGUGGGUUCUGCAUGAACAGAAUUAAUAUUGGAUCGUUGUGUAAUAAUUCUAAACAAUGCUUGGGUGGAUCCAAUUGCAUCAAUGGUAAAUGUAAAUGUCCGGAUGGAAUGAGCAGCGGGACCGGUCUAUGCAAAUUAGCUAAGAAAUCAAGCAUUGCUGUAAAAUGUCCAAUCACAGGUCAGGCCCCGUACUAUGAAAAAGGAUCUAAAAAGAUUCGUUACUGCUCUUCGUUGGCAAAAAACUGCCCUAGAGGUUACAACUGUCAGUAUAGCCGCAGUAUUGAACGAAAUAUCUGCUGCGGACGUUCAGCAACUUUAAACAAAGUUAGGUCAACAAAUAUUCCGAAAAGAGCAGUAGCGUCUACUGAUGUGUGUAAUUAUGGUACUCCAUAUAUCUUGGAAGGGUUAGCCCAGACUUGUACUGUCAAGCCUUGCCCAAUCGGCUUUCAUUGUAUAUUUUCCAAAAAGACUCAAAAUUACUAUUGCUGCACUGUGAAUAUUAGAAAAGGUAUGGGUAAUGAUGGUUGCCCAUUCGGGAAAACUUUAUUGUUCCCAGCCACUGGAACUCCAGUACAAUGUAAUAUUAACAAACUGGAAUCUUGUCCCCUUGGCUAUCGUUGUGUAAGGAGUACUAGAAAUACUGGGUAUCAAUGUUGUACCAUUUCCCAACACUUCCAGGACGAUAUAAGCAAUUUGACAGCAUCGAAACAUGCAUUUCUUAAUGGUCAGCCAUGUAAAAAUGACCAAGUUCAAGUGAAGACGUACAUCAGUGGUAGACAAGUGCAUAGUUGCGAGGUUCGCUGUCCUGACGACCAAAUAGCUGUUGACAAAAUUUGUGAGCACUCUAUUUAA